GCAAGAAUAGAAGACAUGUCUCUGUGAUCAGCACCGGCUGCAGGAAGGACGUGGUUUGCUGCCCAGAUGCAACUCCAUGAUGAACCAAAACGAGCUCGGUCAGCUUCAUCGGCGGACGAAUAGCGGCAGCGGCAGCUCGUUUGGAGGGGGCGCCACCGUACGUCCCAACCACCUCAAGUCUCCGCGUCUCGGCCAGAUCAAGGAGCAUUGGACUUCGACACCGGUCCCGGCACACGCUUCGCCUACAUCCGCGGCUGAAGGUGCUUCCUCUUUCUCAUCAGCUGUGGACCCCUCGCAUGCACACGCACCGCCCGCUCGGCGGCCAACGCCUCCGGAAGGCCUCGUUGGAUCACGUAGCCAUCACAUUGGACAAUACAACGACGAUGCGAAUGACUCUUCCCAACGUCUUGGACAUGGAAGAGCCGCAAGUGAAUCUUCUAUCCGCUCGAGAUCGCCGGGAGUAUCACCUGGGUCAACCGUGCUGCGGCCGUCAUCUUCCCAGCAAGCGCCAGAAUUGAACGCACGUGCAACGUCGUCAGCAGCUGCAACUCCUGCUAUUCGAGAAUUAAAGCCGAGUCGAACCGCCAUGGGUAGUGCGGGAGACGCGCAGCUUGCACACUACUCUCUUGGUGACUGCCUGGGUAGGGGAGCGUUCGGAUCCGUAUACCGAGGGUUGAACUGGAUGACGGGAGAGACCGUCGCUGUGAAACAAAUUGACUUGAGCAAUAUUCCAGAGUCAGAAUUAGGAGAAAUUAUGUCUGAAAUUGAGCUCUUGCGAAAUCUCAAGCAUCCCAACAUCGUCAAGUACAAAGGUUCGGAGAAGACGACCGACUAUUUAUACAUCAUUCUAGAGUAUUGCGAAAAUGGCUCAUUACAACAUAUCUGCAAGAAAUUUGGCAAAUUUCCGGAAGGCCUGGUCGGCGUUUAUGUUUCACAAGUACUAGAAGGUCUUUGCUACCUGCACGACCAAGGUGUGAUUCACCGUGAUAUCAAAGGCGCCAAUAUCCUCACCAACAAGGACGGCUCGGUCAAGCUCGCAGAUUUUGGUGUAGCGACCAAAACAGGAGCAAUGAACGAUUACGCCGUUGUUGGUAGCCCCUACUGGAUGGCGCCCGAGGUGAUCGACCAGAGUGGAGCGACCACGGCUAGCGAUAUAUGGAGUGUUGGUUGCGUAGUCAUCGAAUUACUUGAGGGCAAACCGCCAUAUUCGGAACUUGAACCCAUGCCAGCAUUAUUUAGAAUCGUUCAAGAUGAUUUUCCACCUCUUCCAGAGAGUGCAUCACCAGUAGUCAAAGACUUCCUCAUGCAUUGUUUCCAGAAGGACGCAAAUCUGCGCGUGUCAGCGAAGAAGCUUCUACGUCAUCCAUGGAUGAUGAAUUCUAGACGCCAGCUGCAGCAGAUGAGAACAGGCGGCUCCUUGAAAAGCAACGGACCCAAUGUCCAUGACGAAGCUGUGAAAACAGUACAAGAAUGGAACCAAAUCCUUAAAGAACCUCCGCAGGCGAUGAUGACCUUACCUACUGAUACGGGGGGGAAAGCUAGCGCAGAGCCUUUGUCUUACAUUGGCGGCUUCGAAGCGAAAGACGGAACCAUCAGAGUAUCACAGCGGCCGCGAAAGCAGCGGCCGACAAUGCGCAGUUUUCCGCCAAGCCAGUUGCACAUGGAAGGCGCAGAAGGUACCAAGGAAUCCCGCUUGGUCUCGCGGGUAGGGUCGAUGGCACCGAUGCCGCCAUCUGCACAAGCACCGCCCUUGGCGCCUACCAAUCGCGUCACUGCCGCGCUCUCGCUCGCGGACCCAUCGAAAGCAAGAGCUCCCCAGGGAGAAGGUCGCAGUGACAACUGGGACGACGACUUUGAAGAUGGCGUGACAACGACCAAAAUCGCCGCCCUUGGGCGUCUGAAGGAGCCAGAAGUUCGAAGGUCGUCGCUGGUAGAGGCAGUACCAACUCAGCUUAAACCUGCUACUACUGUAUCGCAUGUGCGCGGGCCGGUGUGGUCGACACAUACCACAUCCAAGAAUCCAGACGACUACAGCGAAGCUUUUGUCGACGACGAAGACUCUCGCAUCUCUGUCAAGCUACGAAACUUCGCCCAUUCAAACUCGGAUGUUGGCCGCUUGCAAGGCUCGUCAUCGAAGCCGCUGGCACUGAAAUUGUCCUUCGACUCGUUGCGUGCGCGAACACCCAAAGGGACCGAAGCGCCAGUCUCGCCACACGUGACACUCAAGCUGAGCAGCCCGCCUGCAUCUAGACAAGGAUCUCUGCGCUCGCCUGCUCAGGCGGAAGACUUGCGUCAGGCGCUAGGCCGCUAUUCAGAGGCAAGUGCGUUGGAGAAUUACGAAGACGACUUUGACGACGGUCUCGCUGCUGCAGACCUUGUCUUGCCCAACGUUCUGCGUCUCAGUCAGCCACGCAUUCCACCCGAUCACGAGAAGGAAGAUGAUGUCGAGUCGGAUCCGUUUUCGGAAUUGGAGGAAGUUUUUGCGAGCAGCGGCGACAUGGAUGCGAAUGUUGCUCGUGAUCAUCACGCACGCAUGUGUCAGUAUGUGAACGAGCUGGUAGAGAGGCUGGAUCCGAGCGAUCAAGAGUUGAGCCUCAUCGAGAUAUGCGACCAACUCGACACCAUCCUCACCGAAGCGCCUGAAAUGAAGCAUCAAUUCUUCGCCUCACAUGGCGCUCUAUCUCUGGUGCAGCUACUGGAGGCUAUCAGAUAUCCAGAAGUCAUCUGCCGGAUCCUUGGUGUCCUCAAUCUACUCAUCUUUCAGGAUCCCGAAGCUCAAGAAAAUCUGUGCUUGAUCGGAGCUAUUCCAGUAGUGAUGGCAUUCACUUCCAAGAGGUUCAACCAUGACGUCCGAUUGGAGGCCGCGCACUUCGUCUACGCCAUGUGCUCCACGUCCAGCCUCACGCUUCAGUUCGUGCUCAGCUGCCGCGGCCUGAAGACGCUGGUCAACCUCAUCGACGAAGACUAUAAUGAGCAACGAGAUCUCGUAUGGCUCGGAGUCGGUUGCGUGAACAGCGUUUUGGAGUUGCAGAGUCCCGCAUCCAGAAAUAACUUCUGUCGAAUGUUGGCGCAGCAGGGCCUACUGGACCCGCUCAGUACGGCGUUGAUCUCGGUCUCCGCGGACUCAGGGGACCAAUAUGCAAAACAGGCUCAAGUGCAGGCCCUGCAAACGUUCCUCAUCUACUCUCAGUCUGACAGCUGGAUGAAGCAGCAACUAGCAUCACGGAGCGUCUUGCGUCGUAUCCUCAAAUCGACUCAGUCCCUUGAUUCGCUGUCGCUCGUGACCGCUGUUCGCAUCAUCAAGAACUUAUCGAUGCAUCCCCAGAUCAUGGACCAGCUGCAAAAUUGCAACUCGAUAGAGGUAUUGACACGGAUCCUGUCCGACCAUCACGGGGGGCCUUGCGGAAAUGAGAUAUCAAACCAAGUUCUGAAUGCAAUUUACAACUUGUGCCGUCUAAGCAAGUCGCGCCAAGAGGAGGCAGCACAGGCCGGUAUCAUUCCACAGCUUCUGCGCGUCGCUCGUACAAAUUCACCAAUGAGGCAGUUCGCACUUCCGACACUGUGCGACUUUGCGCAUGCCAGCAAGGCGACGAGGAAGAUCUUUUGGCAGCAUGAUGGCCUGCGUUUUUACCUGCAGCUUCUCGAAGACGUAUACUGGCAAGUUCCAGCGCUAGACUCGGUUCUGGUCUGGCUGCAAGAUGAGACUUCUCGGGUGGAGGGCGUGCUGCUGCAACCCACCUCGGUGGCGUCGUUGUCUAACUGUUUUAGCUCGUCCAAGGGUGUCUCGUUCGAGAACCUGCUGGAACCAUUCGUAAAGAUUUGCAGAAUAUCAUCCGGAAUUGCUGUCGCUCUGGCCAGAUUCGCAUCGUUCUUUCAGCGCAUUGCAGACCGACUGCAUCACAAGAAGGCCAUCGUCCGGCUCAACCUGUUGCGAAUCACCAAGAUCUUGUGCGAUGUUCAUCCAGACAGGAGCGCGGUCCUUUCCAACGGCGGCCUCUCAGAUAUCAUUAAAAGUCUCAGCAAAGAAGACAGUGCCGUGUUGGUACGCGAGCUUGCGAGAGAUAUCGUAACGACACCUGCAGCAGCGCCAUCGCGCGGACUUCGGCCUCCUGAAAAGGGUGAUGCGCAAUCAAGACGUUCCAUGAGCGAGACGUGUGCUGGCCCCGCAGUCGCUAUCCACAAUGGCGAUGUGCAUCUGCAACGAGUGAGCGGCAGCGGCAACGGCAACGGCGUGGUCCGACGACCUAUACCAGAUUGGGCGGCGGCUAGCACGCGAACAGCGGUGCUGCAGCAGUACUCUUCAUCUUCUUCUGCUUCUGCAGUAUCUCCGUCCUCGCCCUCACCGCGGCGCGUGCCGAGCUCGCAAGCACUGCUGGCUCCGCGCAGCUCUAGUCGACGGGCCCUGUAUGAAAGUCUACAAGAGCGAAACGACCCCGGGUAAUCCAUGAUAUCGCCCCGCAACCCUUGCAUACAGGGAAAUCACAUCAACGUUCUGCCGGCGUUUAGCUGUUGAAAAAGCCUGAACGUCCAUUGUAGGGGAGAAGUGUAGAUUAAGGAUACAGAAUAUGGUA